GAUCACACUUCAUUAUUGGUUUUGAAAGGUUUUCAUGUCGAAUUUGGUUCGUGUCAGCCAGCAGUUCGUCGAACAAGAAACGAGAAGUCUCUAAAUUUCUUUGCCAUGGUAGAGAUUAGGUGGACUGGUAGCCAACAUGCCGCCAGUUACGAGCUUGGCAACGUCCAUGAGCAAGUUGAAUGAGCUUGUUGGAGAUCCUAAAGUUGACAGAAAUGGAGAUCUUCAGUUGUUUUGCAAGUCUGCCUUCAAACUGUACGGAAAGGCGAUGGACUGUGCGAAGUGCCACGAGGAUGAACAUGCUUACAUCUACUUCAUGCGAUUCAUUGGCAUCAUGCAGGAAAUUCGAAAAUGCCGAAAGUACAAGGCAAAUCAUGCCAUGUACGAUGCGAUUGUGGACACUAAAAAGAUCUUUAGUGCCAUGGAAGAGGCGGAGCGUCUGUGUAAGGCACUGAAAACAAGAUACACGGAGCCGCUUGGCGGCACACCGGCAGGACCUAGUGCACCUGCUGCUGCUGAUAAGAAAGGCUCUUCAUUGAGCCCAUCCAGGAGCAAGACGGACAAGGGUAAAGACAAACUUGACAAGCCUUCACCACCAAAUAAUUCGAAGAAGCCGUCAUCGCCCUCCUCCAGCUUCCCACCAACCGGUUUCGAUGGUCCUGUCUUGACUAUCAUGCCAUCUAGAGUGACUGAAAAGAAAGAUUCAUCUGUCGCUCCGGUAGAGGCUAUUACGAGCCGAGAGUUGUUCAGCAUUCUGAAGGCCGGGCAUGGUAGCAGUGCUCAAACGCCAUCGGUGUUGCUACUGGAUAUUGGCAGCAGGGACGAGUUCAACAACAACUCCAUCAAGCAUGAAAGUGCAAUCUGCAUUCACAUCGAUCCGUCUGUUAUUCACUCUGGGAUAACGACGGGUAAUAUCCUUGUGUCUUUGGCAUCGGAGGCAUGGGCCAGCACUUGGUCAACUCGCCACAGCUUUGCCAACAUUGUGCUAACUGACACAUCAAGCACACUUGAUGCCGUCAAGGCACUGAGCAGUACCUCGUUUCUCUCUGCCACCGCCUCGACAACAGCUGGUCCAUCUCUUAAGAUGGCCAUUCUAAACAACCUGCUGUCUCGGGAGAGCGCAAACGACUGUAAGAUCUCAGUACUGGACGGUGGCUUUGCUGAGUGGCAACUGCACUAUCCUGUCUUCUGUGCUCAUGGGAAUGAAGCGCGGAUACCCAGGAGCAACAACACGCAGGCUCAUGCAUUGCUGGAUUUUCCCGACUUUCCUGAAGACAUUGAGCGAGCUAGGCUGGAAGCUGAGCAACAGGCUCAGGCCCAGAGGCAAGAGGAACAGCAGCGGCAGCUGGAGUUGCAGCAGCGGAAAGCACUUCAGGAGCAGGAGCAGCAGCAACGUAUUGAACAACAACGGCAGCAGCAACUUCUUGAGCAACAGCGGCAGCAGCAACUUGUGGAGCAACAGCGGCAGCAGCAACUUCUUGAGCAGCAGAGGCAGCAGCAACUUCUGGAGCAACAGCGGCAGCAACAACUUUUCGAACAGCAGCGGCAACAGCAGGUUGCUGAACAACAGCAACAGCAACAGCUGAUGGAGGAGAGGCAGAAGCUACAGCAGCAGCAUCAGGAGCAGCAGCGACAAGAACAGCUAUUGCAAGAGCAGCAGCUCCUCCAGGAGCAGCAACGUCAGCAGGAGGAACAAAAACAGCAAGAGCUCCUGAACCUUCAGGAACAACAACGCGUCCAGCAGCAAAUGCAAGCUGAAGAGUGGCAGCGGAUGCAGCAGAUGAGCUCACAACUUCCCACAGGUGAGCAGCAGAUGAGCUCACUACUUCCUGCUGGACAGCAGCAGCUAUGGUUACAACAACAACAACAACCACAGAAUCAAGCCAUGUCCGUGCAAGAACCAUGGGGAAAUGGCCAGACUGGUCAGGUUCUGCUUGAUCAACAUGAUCAGUUUAAUCAGCACCCUCCAGCAGCCUCGAAUCAGCCAGUGGACCAGUAUCAAAUGCCUCAGCAGGAUGGUCAACUCAUGGGAGAGCAUCAGCAUCAACAAUAUCCACAGCAGUAUGAACCUGCAGCGGGUAUCGCUGGAGCUGAGCAAGUGAAUGGAGGACCCCAGUACUUCUCUGAUCAAUACUCAACAGGUGUGGUAGCAGCUGAGCAACAUGUGCCCUACCAGACCCAAUGCAGUCAUGAACAACAAGGCUAUCUCAAUGCUAGUAUGUCUAAUCAUGUGCAGCAACCACCUCAACCUGUUGGGCCACCGCCUGAUCAACAGCCCUCCGUCCAGCCAAAUCCUCCUCCUCUUCAACAAUCUCAUCAGCAACCUGUCCCGCCUAGUCAACAAACUCUCCAACAACAACCCUUCCAACCCCAGCCAUCUCAGCAACAACCUCAGUUGCCUCAACCGCAACAAGAGCAACAACAACCCCAGCUACCUCCACAACAACCCACUCAACAACAACCCCUUCAACCACAGCCACCUCAACAACAACCCCUGCAAUCACAGCCACCUCAACAACAACCUACACAACAACCCCAGUCUGCUCAACAACCACCACCACUCCAGCCCCAGUCUGCUCAACAACCACCACCACUCCAGCCACCAUCACAACAAGCACAAUCCCAGCCACUACCUCAACAACCACCUCUCCAACCCCCGCCUGCUCAACAGCAACCACAAUGGCCCCAGCCACCUCAACAACAACAACUACAGCCACAACCACCUCAACAACAGCCCCUCCAACCACAACCACCUCAACAACAGCCCCUCCACCCACAACCACCUCAACAACAGCCCCUCCAACCACAGCCACCUCAACAACAACAUACACAACAACCCCAGUCUGCUCAACAGCAACCACAACCAACCCAGCCACCUCAACAAUUACUGCAACAGCCCCAACCUGCUCAGCAGCAGCCGCAGCUACCUCAGCAACAACAGCCACAGCCACCUCAGCAACAACAGCCACAGCUACCUCAGCAACAGCAGCCACAGCUGCCUCAUCAACAACAGCCACAGCUACCUCAGCAACAACAGCCUCAGCCACCUCAGCAACAACAGCCACAGCCACCUCAGCAACAACAGCCACAGCCACCUCAGCAACAACAGCCACAGCCACCUCAGCAACAGCAGCCACAGCCACCUCAGCAACAGCAGCCACAGCUACCUCCACCUCAACAACAAUCUCUCCAACCUCAGCUUCCCCAGCAGCAGCUGCAACGCCCCCAGCAACCUCAACAGCAAACUCAACAACCCCAGCCACCUCAACAACAGCCACAACCGCCUCAACAACAACCACAACCGCCCCAACAACCACCUCAACAACAACCUCUCCCACCCCAGCCUGCUCCACUACAACAGCACCAACCAUCUCAACAACAACCACAACAUCCGCAACCACCUCAGCAACCACCACAACACCUCCAAUCAUCUCAACAACAACCACCUCAACAACAACCUCUCUCACCCCAGCCUGCUCAACAGCAGCCCCCUCAACCUCAGCCAUCUCAACAACAAUCUGUCCAACCUCAGCUUCCCCAACAGCAGCCGCAACGGCCCCAGCAACCUCAACAGCAAACUCAACAACCCCAGCCACCUCAACAACAACCGCAACAGCCACAGCCACUUCAACAACAACCCCUUCAACCCCAACCAUCUCAACAACAACCACAACAGCCACAACAGCUCCAGUCAUCUCAACAACCACCGCAACAGCCUCAACCACCGCUACAACAACCUCUCUCACCCCAGCCUGCUCAACAGCAAGAGCUCCAACCACCUCAACAACAACCCCAACCACCUCUACAGCAACCUCUUCAACAGCCACGGCCACCUCAGCAACAACCUCUCCAACCCCAGCCUGUUCAACAACAACCACAACAGCGUCAGUCACCUAAACAGCAACCCCUUCAACCCCAACCACCUCAACAAAAACCACAACAGCCGCAACCAUCUCGACAACCGCAACAGCCACAACCAUCUCAACAAUCACAACAGCCGCAACAGCCCCAGCCACCACCACAACAAUCCAUGGCACCUCAGCAACAAUCACAACCCCGGCCACCUCAACAACAGCAGGCUCGUCUACCGCCAUCACAGCAGUCAUCAUUGCCGCUACAAGCUCCAAGACCGGGACAACAGGAACCUCCACGGCAUGCACAGCCACAACCAACACCUCAACAGCCUGCACGACAGCCAUCGCCCCAAGAGCCCGUACAGCAGCCGAAACAGCCCCUGCAGCAACCACCCCAGCAGCCAAAACAGCCCCUACAGCAACCACCCCAGCAGCCAAAACAAUCAGCCCAACAACCAGCACCGUCGCCGCAACGGCCACCACAACAGGCACCAGCACCGCAACGGCCACCGCAGCAACAACAGCUACCACAACCGAAACCCACUGCCCAGCCUCACCGACAACGCCCGCAGCCUUCAAGGCAAUUGCCUAAGAGUCAAAUACAGUUCAGUCACAACCUACCUGUUGGUUGGGAAAAGCGGCUUGAUCAGCGUUCGGGGCGUUUCUAUUUUAUUGAUCACAGUAGCCAGACAACUCAUUGGGAACCACCUCAAUCCAUGGUCAGUGCUAUACCAUCGGUGGAUAGGUCUGCUAAGCCCAUUGUCAUCUCACCAGAGAGUGGACGUGGCAUGCAACCGUCUGAAGGCGGGCGGGGCAAGUGCUUGACUGGUUUGCGUAAUCUGGGCAACACCUGCUUCAUGAACUCCGUUAUUCAGUGUCUGAGUGCCACUGAGCCACUGUCGGCGCACUUUCUACGUGGCAACUACCGCAAGGAGAUCAACCCAACCAAUCCGCUGGGCAUGCGUGGCGAGGGAGCAGAGGAGUAUGCGGCUCUAGUGCGUGUCUUGUGGUGUGGCAAAUACAGUGCAAUCAGCCCACAGUCGUUCAAGCGUAAAGUGUCGGAGUACUUGCCGCAGUUUGCUGAUGGUGCUCAGCACGACUCGCAGGAGUUCUUGGCUUUCUUGCUGGACGGACUUCAUGAGGACUUGAAUCGGAUCAAGAAGAAAGUUUACAUUGCUGAGCCUGAUAUUGAGGGACUACCAGAUCCGCAAGCGGCACGUGAAGCAUGGCAGCGACAUCUCAGUCGAAACAACUCCGUCAUUAUCGAUCUGUUCCAGGGUCAAUUCAAGUCUUCUCUCAAGUGCAAAGUCUGCCAUAAAGUGUCUGUGACAUUCCAACCAUUCAUGUAUCUGUCACUGCCUCUGCCGCAUUCACGACGCCAGUUAUCAUUGGAGGAAUUGCUCCAGUAUUUUACUCGCGAGGAGACAGUACAGGACGAUAAUGCUUGGAAAUGUCCACACUGCAAGAGGCCGCGCGACGCUUGGAAAAAGUUGGAGAUUUGGAAGCUGCCUACAAUCCUUCUCAUCCACUUCAAAAGGUUCCACAUGCGCGGUAUGUUUUGGGACAAGAUUCAGUCGCCCAUCUCCUUUCCUUCAAGGGAUCUGAACCUGCUACCUCACGUUGUUGGAGAGCGUCCCAAAGGUCCAUACAACCUGUAUGCUGUGUCGAAUCAUUAUGGAACGAUGAGCGGUGGCCACUACACGGCAUUCUGCAAGAAUGUGUUUGACAACGACUGGGGUUCGUAUGAUGACUCCAUUGUCAAGAAAGUAUCUGCUGGUCAGAUGAUGCAGAGUUCUGCAGCGUAUAUCCUGUUCUACACGUGUGUGCCAUUUCAGCGGCCAUCUAUCAAGACCUGGUAAAGUAGUGCUAUUUCUUGAUAAAAGCAUGACAUUGCACCCCGCUACGUACCCGCUGCAUACGGGCUUGAGUCUUGGCUGACAAGUACAAUUCAUUGGAAUUCGGAUAGUGUGCGUGCCCUUCCUUGAUUAUAUUAGUUUCUUCCCGCCUAGGUUUGUGCUUUUAUUGUCGUUGUUCUGUCAGCUCUUAUUUAUGACAAUACUCUUGUCCACUCUCCCUCCCCAUGUUCCAUGCCCAUUGCAUGAUCAUUUUUCAACUUGUGUUGCUGGUCACAAUUCAAUGCAUGCACUAGUCAUCGGUUUUUUGUGUGUGUGUUUAUGACGUUUUGCUACUCGUCUUUGGACAAACUGUCCUCUGUGCGAAAAUGUCUGUUUAGAUUGUGCUGAGUGGUGCUGCAUGCGUAGUCAUCGCCCGCUUUGCCCAUAGUACAUGUAUUUAGUUUUCCUCACAAAAAGUGCCUGCCCUCCUGUCCUCUGCCGCCUCCCUCGAAACUGCCAAUAUCAUUCCGCCCAACCAAUUACUUGAACAAUACCAUAAAUCAUGCCUGCAUGCUUAUUACUCUUGGUAGCACAUACAAGACAAGAGAAGUCUUACCAGGGCUCUGCUUGCAUAAUACAUUGUUCAGCUUGCUCUUUACGUACUAGCCUACAGCCAUUUUAGGCCCGGAGCGUGUCGUUGGAGCCAUAAGAAGCAUGCCUUGGUUGUCCAUCACUCGCCUUCCCCAUGAAACACACAGAUAUUAAUUUCAACUUGCUGUCGCCAUUGCAUCCUUUCCUUCGCCUGUAGUUCUGCUAUUUCGUGUUGUGGCCUGAUUCUUUUCCAGAGCUCCUUGACAUAAUGCUUUUUAUUCAACGCUAUUUUCCUGCUAUUUUCUUGCUUCUAAUUUUUUAAGUCCUGUCAAGAUUGUUCCCACUUACGUCUUGCUUCUUUCACCAAUACUAGUUCUGUGCUGUUCGUAUCCAUUUCAUGUUGCUAAAACGGUAUGUCACCGGCCACACCUGUUUGCUUUGCUGAAGUAUUAUGCUGCCUCUGGUACAGUGUGUACUGUGCUAAUAAUGGACCCCGAUUCCCAUCCUUGACACCAUAUAAUUAUACAAGCGCUCUCAAGAGAGACCACAAUA